UAUAUUUUCUAUUUAUCUUUUUCCCUUUCAUUUUUCUUCAAAAUUUUGCAACAAAUGGCAGAAGAACCCUAAUAAUCUAGAGCCGUAAUUUGAAUGGAGAAGGAGCAAAAUUCAGAGACGAAGUGGGAAGCGAAGGUCUCAACAGUGUUAAAGGAAGCCACAGCAGAUCAAAUUUGGGCCCUUUACAGAGACUUUUUUAACUUCCAUAAAUGGUUUCCGGGUCUCGCCAGCUGUUACGGCAUCCACGGCAUCAACGGUGAGCCCGGCUGCAUCCGAUACUGCGGCGGCUUCUCCAUCAAAUCGGAGGAGGGCGAAAACUCCGUCAGCUGGUCCAAGGAGAAACUGACUGCCGUUGAUCCAAUUGAGCGGAGUUUGACCUACGAGAUCGUGGAUUGCAACAUCGGUUUCAAGUCGUAUGUGUCGACGGUCAAGAUCACCCCAUGUGGCAGUGACAGUGAAAGUGGCUGCGAGAUUGAUUGGUGGAUCAACGUCGAUCCGGUGAAAGGGUGGGUGAUGGAAGAUUUGGUGAAGAAGUUUGAGGUGGGGCUGGCACGUGUGGCUAGAAGAAUGGAAGAGGCUUUGACAAAUCUAGAAGAAUGAUACUGGGCGCUUGGCACAGGGAAAUAGGAAACAUCGCAACGAAGUUCUCCAUUCCACAAGAAGCUUCGUGAUACAGACGGAAGUUUUGAUUUCUAUGUUCUCAUAUAUUUCUAAUAAACGAUUAAACAUAAUAAUAAAUGAGUAAUGGAAUGAAUUUUCCAUUACAAUUCUCUAUUUUAAGCUUUGAAAUAUAUCCUCAAUGUAGUGUUUAUUGGAUAAUAAAAGUCAUGAUUAUGAUAA